GUACAGUACAAGGCCAUACAUUUCUCAAAAGACGCUCGAUCUACUUUUAACCUUUAUUUACUUUUUAACGUAGGCUACACUGGCUCUUCCAGUCUGAAAAUAUUCAGAGAGUAGCCUUACAUUUGCUGACAAGAACACCGCAUACAUGCGUAUACAUAGAAGUCACCAUGGGAUCAGCCUUUUCAAGCAAAAAGAAAUGGGUUGGUCGAAUAGGAGGCGCUUUAGAAUUUGGUGCGUGUGACAACCAGAUUGUGAUUAGUAACAAAAAAAAGACGGCUUCUUGGCAUAUUGACCAGUCUCACAUCCACGGACGAUGUUAUUCAAGUCGGACUGUCAAAAUAAACGAAACUGUCACCCUCACGGCUCACGGUUCCGGUUUCUUAGACAUAGGACUCACAGACAUACAUCCACUGCAGAUGAUGAAAAACAAAAACAUGUUCUUCAAGCACGUAACAGCUAGGGUUUUGUACUUCGAACCAUACACUGUGACAUUCAGGAUCAAUCCAAAUGGAGAAGUUAUAACAAUGGAAGCCCACGGGAGUAAAGAAAAGCAGGUGAUGGAUUUAGGACCAAAACCAAAGUCUCACUGGCUGGUGGUGAAGAUGGGAUGUGGUGACCUUUCGGUAACUACAGAAACGCCUUCAACAGAAUCGACACCAGCUAAGAACAACCAGAAAUCGAUGGCAACUGUUGCAAAAAAAGUAACAAAGAAGUGAAAACGUCAAAGAUGGAUGUAUAAUUCAAAAAUGUGCAAGGGAAAAAUCCUAUAAAGUGUGCUUAUGUGGAUGUUUUCAAUGAUAUUUCCAUUGUAUAUGACCUAAAUAUUCAAAAUGGCUCCCACCCAAGACUUAUCCAAAUAUUUUAAGUGUGCUUAUAUGGAUGUUUUCAACGAUUAUUUGUGAACAUUAAAUGUGACCUAAAUAUUUAAAA